AUGUCAUUGCUUCCAAUCUACGACCUAGACAUCACCAGCUUUUCACCCACAAUGUUUCUACCCCUGCAAGAAACGCAACAGUCACCACAAAGUCUGAUACGAGCCAGUCAACAGGCAGAGAUUGAAUUCGUGGUCACUUUCGAUCUGACGGGAAGAGAUCUGCCUGCUGAAUUUGCCGAGUCUCUAACAAAACUGACCCUCUCACUUCCCCGCGAUCAUCCGGAACAUGCCCCGAGUAUCAAUCUUGCUUUGGGUAUGAUGAUGAUGACACAAUCCAACAUCGAAAGGUUUCUGGGGCUCUAUUUCCGGCACUGGAACCGUCACAGUCCCGUGGUGCAUCGCAGGACCUUCGACGUGGCGGAUACAUCGCUGGCGCUAGUUCUUGUGAUGACACUCACUGGAGCGUUGUUCUCCUUGAUACCCGACGAGGUAUCUGGGGCCCAGUCGAUGCUUGAUUUGGCCGAGGAAUUCGCAUUCCACGAUCCAGAUUUCGAGAAACUUACCUCUGGCAUAUCUUCAGAAGGCCCUGACGGACGACGUCGUGCGCUGCAAGCACUACAAGCUUCGUUUUCUGCGGCUCAACUACAGUUGCGUCAAGGGAGCACGUGGAAACGGCAGCAAGUACGAUCGGAGCGGUUCAAUCAGAUUAUAUUUGCUCUUCGAACAAUGUCAUUACACAAUUCGAGUGGCUACAACUACGACAGCUCGUUUGACCAAGACGAAUUAGUUGCCUCAAAAGCCUGGGCCGAGAGAGAGUCUGGGCUACGUCUUGUUUACGGCAUUUUUCACCUUGACGUGGCCUUUACAAUAUUUUACGAUCAGACACCUCGUCUGUUCUUUCACGAAAUCCAAUUGAGUCAACCAUGCUCUCAAGAUGCGUACAUGGCGGAGAGUUUCGAAAGUUGUCGUGAGAUCUUACGCUGCGAAAACUCAAAAGGCUGUCCCCGGUUCCCCGAGACUGUCCUAGCCCUGGCCGAGGGUCGACAUGAUAGUUUCUCAACGAUGGAAGAUUUCAAUCUUUGUUACCUGUUUUCGGUCAUGUUUGGGUUUCUUCAGAUUAUCAGAAGCUCGAGGAGAAAUGGAGCCUCCAUGGAACGGCUGCAACGGGGGCUUCGGCUCUGGAGAGUAAAAUGGGACGAGGCUGUACUUCAAAUGACCCCGGCACAACAGCAGGCGAGUGGCUUCAUAAAAACCGCAGGACCCGAAUUCUGGCACUUGGCUUGCUACCUUGUCAGCACGUCAACAUCAAGAGGUGAUGCAGAUUCUAUUGGAAGUGGCGUCUUCAUGGAGCUUUUCCAGAAGGCCAAAGGAUGUCCAUCUGCUUGA